AUGGAAAGAACACUGUUGUUGCUUGUGCUCCUGGUUUCCCUGGGUGUGGCAGAGUGUGAUGAGCCUCUAACAGAUUUAGAAAACAUUGCCGGGAAGCUGAUUUUCUAUCAAAUGGAUGGAAACGCUACCUAUGUCAGAGACACUGGAGAGCUGGCAACAGAUAUUCCUACUGAGACUAUGUUUGAACUUUCUGAUCCACAUCAGAAUUUCAGUAUGGCAAAUUUCAGCUACACGUGGGAUUUAGGAAACGGAGAGGUGAUUGAGGGGACUGAGCCCGUUGUCCGGUACCACUACGCUUUAUCUGGAAAUUACACACUUCGGCUGAAAAUUGGAGUCAGUGUUACCGAAUACUCACCUCCUUUAACUGGAAUGUACUCCAAGAAUAUUCAAGUGCUUGAUGCCAUCAAAAGCAUUGAGUUGAAGGGACCCUCGGAUUUUGAAGUGUCGCAAACAACCGGCUUAUCUUUCCACAUGGAUGGGAGUCCUCCGAUGUGGGUGUGUUGGAGCUUCCUCCCCAACUGCGUGCCCGACACAACAGGGGGCUGCACUCUGACCAUGUUGUACGAGAAUACCUUGUGGCUCAACCACACCUUCACCUCAGCCGGCGUUCACUGCCUGGACAUCAGCGUCCGCAAUGACAUCAGCAAGCUGGAGACCUCAUUCAGUCUCUUUGUUAGGAAAAACAAUAACACCAACAUGCUCUUCAUCCUGUCCUGUGCUGCUGUACUUGUGACAACCUUCUCUUUCAUCACAGUCAUCGCCUGUCAUCCUCGAUACUACAACAGAUCUCAGCUCACAGUGUCCAGCAAUGCGUUGUUCCUGAAAAAGCACACAGAUGGCCAAAGCAGAAUUAUUUUCAACGUGUCACGUGUUGAAAGAGAAGAGAAAGAACCACUAUGGGUGCCAAAUGGGACGCACUACUACUCCUAA